AUGAGUAAAGAUUUAGUUACAUUAAUAAGUGCCAAGGACCUUUAUGAGUGGUGUACCUUAUCCAAAAGAGACUUUGUCAUUAUCGACUUGAGAGUUGAUGAUUUUAAUAAGGGACAUAUUAAAGGAGCUUGGAAUUUUCCUACUAUAGGGCAAUUUAAAGAUGAAGAUUUAAUUCGUUUAGCAACUCAAUUGGAUAGUAUAUCCAAGAAUUUUGACUGUACACAUAGAACAAAAGUCAUUUUUCAUUGCUCUUCUUCAAGGGGACGGGGACCAAGGGUAGCAUUACAAUUUAAGAACUAUUGCGAUCAAAAUGGUUGCCAAGAUAAGUAUGAGAGCUGUGUACUAGUACUGGGGUUCAAUGGGUGGAUUUCAUUGUGUGAAAAAGAAAAUAAUUUUGAUUUAAUUUCCAAUACUUCUUGA